AUGCAGCCAUCUCCUUACCCUGCCUUCCCAGUGUUCGAUGUCCAGACGAAGGCGCUAGCCGUCUGCCCCUGGCCACGCCGCGGCGGCAACAAGCUCUUCGCUAAACCACUAUUCGCGUGCGUCGCUGGCAGCCUCAACCUUAUAAGAGCGGGCCAGUUCGACAUGCUCAGCGCCGCGGCGCCACCGCCCGACAGCACGUACCCAGAUGACGCGGCGUGGUCGUGGAGCCGAACCGGCUCGCCCCCGCCCUUCGAGCACUGUUACUGCACAUGGGCCUCCGCGCUGCACCCCGAUGGGCGCACGCUCUUCGUCUCCCAUAAACGGAGCACAUUCUCCUUCGACACGGAGAGCCGGGAAUGGGCGUCGCAUGGCAACUGGUCCCUGCCUUUCAAGGGCGAGGCUUACUUCGAUGCCGAGCUGGACGCCUGGGUGGGCCUCUGCUGCCAUGAGGGCGGCUUAGGCUACCUCUCCUGCUGCGACGUCGUGCCGGCUCCUGCCGACCUCAGGAGCCUGCCCGCCUGGAAGCUCGGCAAGGACCAGCUGUUCGACGCAGGAUCGAGGAGGCACCUUGGGGCCACGCUCGUGUGUAUGGGCAGCAGCAGGUACUGCCUGGUUGAGUCGCUGGCGCGUGACGACGAGGAGGAUCUGCGACGCCUCCACGACGAUGGCUACUACCCGCAUCGCCGUGUGCUCGUGGUCACCACGUUUGGUCUCAAGUACGAUGGACAAGGAGACCUUGUGACUACACAGCGCAAGGUGCGGUCCUACGAGAUGACCGAUGCUCAUCAGCUUCCUGAUCCGCAUUGGAAGCCUGUUGCUUUCUGGAUGUAA